UUAAUGGUGUGAGCCAGCUCUGAUUUUGAAGAUGGCGUCCAUCGGCGCCAAUAAUCGUUGUCAAAUAAUUACAAAGUAAUAAGUGAUUUGGUUAAUAUUACAUCAAUUUACACAUUUUUAAAGUACGCAAGCUGUACACAGAAUUAUUUUUAAUUUAUUUGAUAGCGUUCACCUUGUACGGGAAUAUGUUUACACCAUUUUUUACAAAUCUAACCUCUUAGGCAAUUGAAUUAUUUUUCGUUUUAAAGACUCGCAAUAAUAGCUAAAGCAAAAUGUCUAAAGUCGAAUACGAUCUUGAUACUUCUGGGGGUCUCAUGGACCAAAUUCAAGCGCUAAUUGCACCUCCAACUGUCGACGAGAAAAGGGAGAGGAACAAGAGGCCGGACCAUCCGUACUUUCGCAAACCGGGCAAGGGGCACAAUCACGAUAGUUGCGAUGCGUGCGGCGAAGGCGGCGAUUUAAUCUGUUGUGACAAGUGCCCGUCGAGUUUCCAUCUGAUGUGCUACGAUCCCCCCUUGGAAGAGAAGGACAUACCGAUAGGCGAGUGGCUGUGCCAUACGUGCACGUACGCGGCCGAGAAGGCGUCUCCUUCGACAUCAAAGUCGCCGGUCACGGUGCCCAGAACGCGAAGCAAGCGGGUGAUGUCGACGCCCGAGACCGCUCUUUCGAAACCGGUCAAAAAACCAAAGCCGAACCCCUUCGAGACCCUACUGGAGGCGGCGCACUCGCUCAAUCCCAAAGAGUUCGAAUUACCGCGAAGUAUGAGUCUGCCGUCUUGCUUUCCGGGCACGGAUAAAUUGGAGAAGUCGUUUGUCAGUCGUCGAAAUUCGAAGGCGGUUAGACCGCCGCCGGUUGCCUCCAGGCAGCAGACCGCAUUUCCAGGUGGAAAGUGCUUCGAGUGUCGACGUACCUGUCGUACCGGGCCUUUGCUAGCGUGCGACUACUGCUCGCUUUACUUUCACUUGGAUUGCCUAGAUCCUCCCUUGUCGACGCCUCCUUCGGGCCGUUGGCUUUGCCCAAAUCAUGUUGAACACUUUCUGGAUUGUAAAUUACUGACGUCGGUCUCGGCGUCGGAACGCAUCAAACUCUGGGACAAGUUCACCGGUCCCGUCGAUCAGGACGCGAUCAAGAUCGAAUUCUUUCGCAAGGUGCACAGGAAGAAUCCGCCGUUUCGCGUCAAAGUGCGUUUGCCGCAGCGCGGCAAAAUACGGGUACCGCCCAUGGUAAAAUAUCAUUACAAAAAUCCCGUGGAGCUAUUGCCCUGUUUGCGUGACCUGAAUCGUUAUGAUAUUGCAGCGCGGCGUCGUCUUUCGAACGAAAGCAAGACCGAUCUCGGCGUCUUUGAGAGGUUAGCGUCGCCGGACGUCAAGGAGGAGGACGAGAGAUCGACGGGAAAGAGUAAUGGGGUGUUCGAUAUGAGCUGCGAGGGGGACGGAUUCGUGCAGGACGCGUGCGAGCACGUUCCGAAGGUGGAGGUCGACGAUGAGGUUUUCUUUAAAAAGUGCAAGAAGUCGAAAGCGAGAGGUAAAAAGAGUAAAAGUCUAGAUUUUAAGAUUGUAAAUAAGGUGGAGCCUAGCGAAAAUGUGCUCAAUGGUUUGGCGAGCGAUGAAAGUUGCAAUUUUAGCGUUAAGGAUGAACCUAUGUUUCCUCUCGUGGCGUCAAACAUCACAGAUGAAGUUAGUCAACAGUUAACGCAGCUGGACGACCGGUUACUAAAGUUACUAGCCUAUCAGCGAAUACAGGAGGUGCUAUCGCAAACCGAUCCCUCGAAUUGUUAUUUCACUUCGUACUUCUCGCAAUCGGUAAACAAACUGUUCGAUCCCCCCUUGCAGAGCGAAUUUUUAACGACGGAGGACAUCGAGAGGAUACUGCGAGUGUUUUCGAUACCGAACCGACCGGCGCACAAGACGAACUCGAAACUGCGCGCGCACGCCAUGCUGUGUCCGGUCGUUUCGAAGCACUUCUACAACAUCCGAACGUCGGAGGUCGCGUCGGCGAACGUGAGGCACGACGGUAGCUUCCUGGGGCAUCGGCCGACCGUCUCUGCCCGGUUUCCGGAGGCAGUCGCGAUGCGGCUUAGGAUACUGUCGAUCGGACGAGGUGCCACUAACGAUGUUCAAUUAGACAAUUUCGGUCACUGCAACUACAUAUCGCCCAAGCACGCCGUCGUAUUUUUCGACGAGGUAAAUCAACAGUACGAGCUCCUCAAUUACUCGUGCUACGGCACGUAUGUCAACAAUGUGCUUUACUCCAACGACGAAACAAAGAAAUACGCAAAAAAAGAGGAGAAAAAGCCCUGCUUAGAGGAACAAGUGCGCGCGAUCGUCGACAAGAAACGCCAAAUUUGCUCAACGAAUUCCUCGAAGGAUAUACACAUAGUCGGCGAUUCGGUGGCGCAGUCCGAGUGCUCUUGCGCGGCCACAAGUUACGAGACAAUUUUGGCCGGGUGGGAGGGCUCCGCCGUAAUAAAUCAUGGCACAUUGUUACGUUUUGGAUGUGUUAGUUUUGUUUUCUCAAUUGUUGACUGUGCGUCUGUAUAAAGCGUGGGAAAUAAUGUAAAUUGAUUUAAAAAAAAUUUAUUAUAUACAAUUUGUAAAUAUACAUUUUUCUAUUGG